CCCACUCCCAACACUACUCCCUCUACUCUCACUCUCUCUGGCGCUCACAUUAUUCAAUUUUUUUUAGAGAGAGAAACAAACAAACUCACUCCUCCAAUAAAUAACCAACUGACGAGCACACACACACAAAGCGUGUGCAAGCAAACCAACUCGCCGGAGAUGAUGAUGUUCGUUCACUCCGGCACCGGCGCCGGUUUCCUCACCGCAAAACAACAGGUUUUCCCCGUCGACUACGAGGCCGACGUCUCUCACCGCCUCCUUGAUUCUACACUCUCCGGCGACCUCAAAUCGGCGUUUGACUGCAUUCACGAUCCCUACGUUGACGUCAACUUCGUCGGCGCUGUUUCGUUGAAGUUCCGUACGGCGGAGGUUCAGUGCGGCGAUGAAUCGGAGAAUGUGGUGAGGUUUGAAUAUCAGGAGUUCAAAUCUGACGUCACUGCUUUGUUCGUUGCUGUUCAUACUGGAAAUGUGACGCUCGUUAGAAAAUUACUGAGUCGUGGAGCCGAUGUGAAUCAGAAACUAUUUAGAGGCUUUUCAUUGACAGCGGCUGUACGUGAGGGCCACCUUGAGAUCUUUGAGAUCUUACUCAAAGCCGGUGCAUCUCAACAGUCUUGUGAGGAAGCUCUGUUAGAGGCCAGCUGUCACGGGCGAGAUGGGAUAUUUAUCGAGUUGCUAAUGGCUUCUGAUCUGAUACGGCCCAAUGUUGCUGUUCAUGCACUUGUCAUUGCAUGCUGCAGAGGAUUUAUAGAUGUGGUUGAUGUUCUCUUGAAGUGUGGUGUAGAUAUAAAUGCAUCUGCUAGAGUGUUGCUCUGCUCAUCUAAGCCUUCUCUCCAUACAAACAUCAACUGUACACCCCUUGUGGCAGCAGUUGUUAGUAGACAGGUUGCUGUUGUUCGUCAAUUAUUACAGGCUGGGGCCAAUGUCAACAUGAAGGUCCAGUUAGGAGCAUGGUCAUGGGAUACAAAUUCCGGUGACGAGUUUCGUGUUGGUGCCGGACUAGCAGAACCCUAUCCUAUUACUUGGUGUGCAGUGGAGUACUUUGAAGCUACCGGUUCCAUAUUGCAAAUGUUACUACAACGCAUCUCGCCCGCCACGUGUCACAACGGCAGAAGUCUCCUUCAUCAUGCGGUCCUUUGCGGUAACACAAGAGCUGUAAACACACUACUAAAAUGCGGGUCUGACAUUGAACAUCCAGUCAAAACCACACAAAAUGACGAAACAAGACCCGUUCACAUGGCUGCACGCCUCGGAUAUCCAUCAGUUCUUCAGCUGUUAAUCGACUCUGGCUGUGAUAUCAACUCGAGAACUAAAAAGAACGGUGAAACCGCGCUGAUGAUAUGUGCUAGAUUCAAACAGGAAGAGUGUCUCCGAGGGUUGACUAAAGCUGGUGCUGACCUUGGUUUGACCAGUUUGACCGGUCAAUCUGCCCAGUCAAUAGCCGAGUCAAAUUGUUGGUUUCUUGGCUUUGAAAAAGCAGUGCUGGAUACCAUUAGAUCCGGAACAGUAGUACCGGCAUCUAGUAACACUGCAAUCUUUUCCCCUUUAAUGUUCGUAGCUCAUUCAGGAGAUAUACAAGCUCUAAAAGCUUUAAUCUCUCGUGACGAUAUUCAUCUCGACGAGCAAGAUGAAAAUGGGUUUUCAGCGCUUAUGGUGACUGCAACAAGAGGUGACAUUGAAGCCUUUAGGCUUCUUGUCUAUGCAGGAUGCGACGUAAAGCUGACAAACAAAGCCGGUGAGACCGCAAUCUCUCUAUCGAAAAUGAACGAGAAUUCCGACAUGUUUGAGAAAGUAAUGAUUGAAUUCACGCUAGAAAAAGGUAGCCAAAAUGCCAGAGGUUUUUACCCUCUACACUACGCGGCUCGCCACGGCGACACGAAUGCUGUCAAACUGUUGACCAGCAGAGGAUACGACGUAAACAUCCCCGAUGGGGAUGGAUACACGCCUCUCAUGUUAGCAGCAAGAGAAAACAACGGACAAAUGUGCGAGUUGUUAAUCUCGUGCGGGUCCGUCUGCGGUUACAAGAACUCAAACGGCGAAACCGCGCUCUUACUGGCGCGAAAACAUGCAUCGGAUGAGGCGGAGGGUGUGAUAUUGGACGAGCUUGCUAGGGUGCUAGUUCUUAGUGGGGGGAAUGUGUUGAAACAUACGAAAGGAGGACGGGGAAGUUCACAUGUGAAAGAGUUGAAAAUGACGUGUGAGGGGGUGUUGAGAUGGGGGAAUUCCAGUAGGAGAAACGUUGUUUGUCGGGAUGCUGAGGUGGGACCCAGUGUAGGGUUUGUGAGGCGUAGGGGGAAGAAGGGUGAUGGUGACGUGGCAGGGGUUUUUCGAGUCGUAACGGUGAAGAAGAAAGAGGUUCAUUUUGUUUGUGAUGGUGGGUUAGAAAUGGCUAAGUUGUGGAUUAGGGGGAUAAAGCUUGUGACGAGAGAGGCUAUUAAGUGGUGAAGUAGAGGUUAAAAGUUAGUUAUAUCUAUCUAAAAGCUUUUGCAUCUGUAGAUAACUAGAUAUGGUACCAUGAAAGUAUGAAAUACUUCGUCUUGAAGUAUUCUUAUCUACUAAAUAAAUGAAAUUUUCCUAUUAAA